AUGUCAGCCUCCGCCCCCGCCCCCGCCCAGCAAGAUGCCGGGCCUGCCGUCGCAUCACCGGCAACUAGCGCGGAGACAAAUACAUCACCGAAAGAACAGGCACCCCCAGUCACCAAACCACCUCGCAAACUUCCCCAAUGGUUGGAUCAUUUCAAUGCACGCGACUUGAAAGUGCUGUUCCGCUGCUCAGUGGCAGUAUGGGUCGCGUCGCUGUUGAUCUUUAUCAGCCCAUCUUUGCAAACGAUCGGAACUGCGACUUUCUUCGCAACUCUGGUACUAUUCAUGGUGCCCCCAACUGGUAUUGCGUUUGUCUUCAUCUUGGGAGCAUUCACGCUCAUCUUGGGUAUGGCUUGGGGAUGGGUAUGGGGCGUUAUCACUAUGAAGGCUGCUCUGGCGGCCCGACCUGCCGCUGAGACCCAGGCUAGAUUGCAAGCACUCGGUCAACAGGCGUACAGCCAGGCCAACUCCACUGGCCAGAGCGUUACACUCGUUGAAGAGGAGCUUCUAUAUAGUGGCUUUAUGCUAGAUGCACGCGUCAGCGCAGUCUACUUUUGCCUUAUUUGCUUCAUGGUAUACUUGCUGGCUCGUUUCCGGACCAAGAACCCCAAGUUCAUCUUGUUCCAGAUCUUUGGUACAAUCAUUAUGGACGUUCAUUUGACUGUUGGGCCACUGCUCCCUUCCUUUGAGGGAACCAUUGCUAAGGUAUUGGUUGAGCCUGCUGCCAUUGGAAUUGGUAUCGGAUUGGCUUGUCAAAUCCUCUUUUUCCCCAAAUCGACUUCCUCCACCGUUCUUGAUGGGUUUGAGGGGCUUACUCGACUGAUCAAAAGCCCACUGGACAUCACUGCCGCCACUUUAGUCGCCGAUGAAUCACCAGCAAUGGCCGAUCUGCUCAAACUCAAAAUGAAGGCCAUCGAUACUUACAAGAAACUUAUGCCCGCGCUUGGAUUUCUGCAGUUAGAUUUUUCUGUCGGUCGGUGGGGUGCUGAUGAUAUCAAGAGCUUAAAGGAACCCAUGCGACAAGCCUCACUUGCAUCCUUGUCAUUGUUGGAAUUCCACAUCUCACGGGUCGGAGGCGAGCAAAAGCUCGAAAAGCUCCGUGAAAUUUUGAUUGACGACGAACAUUUCUCCAGAGAUGCAAUUGACGAAAAACGACCACGUUCGGCGGGAAUGCGACAGCUGAUGGAAAGCGUUCGUCUUGUGCGAGCGUUCCAGACUCCCGAGCAUGAAUCUAUUCGAUUGGAAAUGUUUGAUGCGAUCCGAACUCCUACCACGAAGAUCCUACCCGUAUGUCAAGAGGCCGCUACUGCGGUCGCCGAUGCUAUCCAUGCCGUCAACUCCUCUCGCUGGUUUGGACGGCCUACAAAGGAGCAGAUGGAUGAGCACACAAAUCACAUCAAAUCGGUCCUGGAGGCACUUACCACCCAGCGCAUAGCUUUUACUUCCGAGUUCACAGAAGGCCUUAUUGAGACCAACGCCGAUAUUUUUGACGCAAAUGGUAAAUUGAAGGAUCUCGAGGAUGCUACUUUGCAUAGAGUGCGAGCGAUCUCCCUUGCGAUGGUUUUCGAGGAACAAAUUCUCGGCGUGGCUGGGGCUUGGGAAGGGGUAUUGGCCCAGUUAGUGGCUCUCAUGACUGAGCGACAGAAAACCCGACUUUGGCUCCCAAAAGGAUUGCGAUAUGCCGUGUUUUGGGUGCUCCGAAAGAACAGCGUUGCGCCUGUCAUUGUGAACCAUACGACUGUUGCUGAUCCCGACGCCGUGGAAGCGCAGUCUAAAGCAACCCAGCAAAGUCUCCGCAUAAGUCGAGGAUACCGAGUCAGAAAACGCAGCGGUAUUGGACGCGCGAUCAUUAGCACCUACCACUGGCUCAUCAACGCCGACGGAAUGUACGCCCUGCGCAUGGUCGUUGUUACAAUCGCCCUUGCUAUCCCUGCCGUCAUUCCAUCUAGCGCAGGCUUUUAUUAUCGCGAAAAGGGUCUCUGGGCAUUGAUCAUGGGUCAAACUACGGUUGUCGUAUACAUGUCGGACUUCAUCCUCUCGUUGGUCUCUCGUUCCGUUGGAACCGUCAUUGGUGGCGUGGCCGGUCUGGUGGCUUGGUACAUUGGAUCUGGCAUUGGUGGAGGAAACCCUUACGGCCUCGCGGCGGUUUUGGCAGUCGUAUAUCCUAUGAUGAUGUGGGCACGCAUCUUUUUCCCCAUGGCCGUAUUGCAAGCCACGAUGAUGGCCGGAGCAACUUUUGUCCUCGUUAUCGGAUAUAGCUACGACGAUACGCACAUUGCGGCGUAUGGAAACCCCGGCUACGGCUACAAUGUUUUCUGGCGACGACUUACUCUCGUUAUUAUCGGAGCCGCUGCCGCCUUGAUCAUCCAGAUUCUUCCCCGACCACCAUCUGCAUCACGUCACGUCUGUAAAUCACUCUCAAACACCAUUCGUUCACUAUCCGACCACUACGCCCUACUUCUUUCCUGCUGGGCCCAGCCUGGUCGCGACGAAGGUCUAUCAGCACAGGAACUCGCAUUCAACGUAGCCGGUGCCCUCAGCGCUCUCGAUGGACCCGUCGCGCUUUUGAAACUGGAAUUCUCCAGCUCUCCCUUUGACAGUGAGCGCCUUGCACAGGUCAAGUCCCUGUGCCAGGACCUGAAUCAGAACCUCGCCCGUCUGCUAUUCCUGUCCGCGUCGCUGCCAGAACACUUCCAAACGCGCCUGGCGAAUUUCUCCGGCCUCCUCGAUCACCGCAACAUUGGUGAGAUCAUGGCGGUCUUGGGCGUGGUAGAGCAGGCCCUCAAGACUGGGGAUCCUUUGCCCGAAGUGCUACCCACUCCUCUACUUAAGCGCUGCCUUGAAUACUGGCAGACGCACCAGGGGGAGAUUACACUGACUGCAGAUCUCAUCCGAGAUGAGGAUUAUCGCAAGUUCUGCGUCGCCAUUAGCGCGUACCUUAAGUUCCUAGGUGCCGUUGAUGACCUUGUGCUUGUGAUGAAGGGCACGUUGGGUGAAUCUCACAUUGUGAGUCGGGAGCUGCUACAGGAGUUGAUUGUGCCUGUGUAA